UAUGUGGUUCUGCUGAUGGCCACCUAUUGGUGCACCGAGGCUCUUCCUCUGGCUGUCACCGCAUUGCUUCCAGUAUGCCUCUUUCCAACAAUGGGAAUUCUUCCAUCCAAAAAAGUGUGCCCGCAGUACUUUCUCGACACCAACUUCCUCUUUCUCAGUGGCCUUGUGAUGGCUUCGGCUAUUGAGGAAUGGGGCCUGCAUCGCAGAAUAGCCCUGAAGGUCCUGAAGAUUGUUGGGGUAAAGCCGGCUUGGCUCAUAUUGGGAAUGAUGCUCACCACAUCCUUCCUGUCCAUGUGGCUUAGCAACACUGCUACCACGGCAAUGAUGCUUCCCAUUGGUAACGCCAUCCUGGAGAGCCUGUUUGGGGACCUGGAGAGCCUGAAAGCAAGAAGCAAAUCCGUUGAGGACUCUGACAAUGAAAUAAUAAACGGUCAGUCCAACAUGAAGCUGCAGUCAGUGCAUUCACUGCCCUCAGAAAAACAAAUAUUGUCCAUAGACGGGCUGGAGGGAAUGGAUCAGAUUAACAUCAAAACGGCGGACGAGAUUCAAUCGGAGGCACAAUAUCAGAUGAAGGUAUGGAAAGGAUUCUUGAUCUGCAUCCCAUACGCUGCCAGCAUCGGAGGGACGGCAACCUUGACAGGCACUGCACCCAACCUCAUUCUCAUCGGACAGCUUAAAAGCUACUUUCCAGAUUGUGACAUUCUUAAUUUUGGCUCUUGGUUUGCAUUCGCUUUCCCCCUCAUGGCUCUCUUUCUGUUCCUGGGAUGGAUAUGGAUUGCAUUUCUCUACGGUGGACUGAACACACGUUUGUGUAUCCAGAAACAGGACUUAAGAGCAGAAGCAGAAGCAAGAGCCAAGGCCGUCAUCGAUGAAGACUAUGAAAAACUAGGGCCCAUAAAUUUUGCAGAAGGCGCCAUCUCUUUCUUUUUUGUACUGUUUGCCGUUCUCCUGUUCACCAGAGACCCCAAGUUCAUUACCGGCUGGUCCGUCUUGUUCCUCAAAGGGUAUGUUUCUGAUGCAGUCACCGGUGUGGUCAUCGUCUCCAUGCUCUUCUUCUUCCCGUCACAGAGACCUUCUCUCAGCUGGUGGUUGAAUCCACAGGCCUCAAACACUCCUUGCGUUCCUCUCCUAUCGUGGAAGAAAGCCCAGGAAUGUGUCCCAUGGAACAUCAUCCUGCUGCUCGGUGGGGGUUUCGCGAUGGCCAAAGGCUGUGAGGAGUCUGGCUUGGCCUCUUGGAUCGGAGGCCACCUCCAGCCUUUGGCCCAGGUCCCAGCGGCUGCAGCUGCGAUGCUGAUUACGGCCUUUGUGGCCUGUUUUACAGAAUUUGCCAGCAACACUGCCACAAUCAUCAUCUUCUUGCCCAUCAUAGCUGAGCUGGCCAUGCGUAUUGUGGUGAACCCUCUCUACUUCAUGAUACCAGCAACAAUAGGGUGUUCGUAUGCUUUCAUGCUACCAGUAUCCACUCCUCCCAACUCCAUUGCAUUCGCCUCAGGACAUCUUAUGGCCAAAGACAUGGUGAAGACGGGCAUUGUCAUGAACAUCCUGGGCAUCCUGUCAGUUUCUCUGGCCAUGAACACGUGGGGCAUCGCCAUGUUUAGCUUGAACACUUACCCGGAAUGGGCUCACCCCUCAAAUCUGUCUGUGUCCGUACGCGCCCCGGUGCUCAAUGCUACUGUCUGA